AUUAAACUGGCGGAAAAUGGAGUUAGCUAUUAUUCAUUUUUAGAUAUCUUAUUGGACAGUUCCGUUGGUUGGUGUAAUAAUUUAACUGGUUAAUAUUGAAUUGUUAUUCCUAUAAAUUUUCAGUUUAUAAAACAGUCGUCAUAGGUAGAAUGACACUUGUAUGAAAUUACUGACGGCGGAAACAAAAUAUUGGAUGAACAAUUCAGAAGUUGAUGUAAAGACUGACAACGUUAUCAGGAUUGUACAGAAAUGACUAGCUUUUUGGACGUAUACCUUUUGGUGGUGGCCUUGGCGUUGCUUCUGAUGGAGGCUCCGGCCCUUGCACGUCGCUCAUCCUUUCAUCACAUGCUUGGUAGGAAAAGAUCAAGUCCCUGGUCGGCGUCUCCAUCAUCCGGCCUCUCAAUGACCAGGACGCCCGAUAAACGAUUCGGACAUGUAUUUGGAAAACGAGCAGGUUUAGGGCAGUCUAUGGAUUUUUAUGAUGAUAUAGGCGAUGACAUGUCCGAAGAAAGCGAUGAACCGGAUUAUAGUUCCUUUUCACCCGAUGACGUAAAAGUGCUUCGAGAAAUUUACGGUCUAAAAGACAGAAAUGAUCUACCAACAAUGUCGGAAAGCUCAUUAAGUCCGAAAUUUUGGAGACGAGGAGAACCUUUGUCCAACGGAUUGGACGACCCUAUGACACCACCUCAACUGUCAGUAAAAGAUAACGAAUUGGUUGAUAUUGCGCCAUACGGAAAUGAUGUCAACCCGUAUGGCACAGACGACUCUGAAGAAACCGCAUAUAUUGCAUACCAGGAACCCUUUGAACAAAAUGAAAGACUUCUGUCGAAGGAAAACGAAAAGGCAGCGCUGAUUGGCUAUCUACUAUCACGUGUCCAUGGACGAAGACGAUGAUAUCUUUAGAACUCGACCCAAGUUCUAAAAAAUAAACAUUAUCUGCUGAAGUGAUUUGCACAGCGGAAAAUAUAUAAAUCAAUUGUCACUUCUAAAGAAAACUAUUCUUAAAAAACAUUAUUAUGCAUAUGAACAAGUUGAGAAUAAUGUGUGACGUCAUUUAAACGACUUCACGUACUGUAUUUACGUGCUUGUCACUUGACCAACUUGUAACUUAUGACGAAUAAAACCUAUUAACUUAACUCUGGAUAUGAAUAAAAAACUGGAUAGUUGAA